AUGAGAAGCACGCUUACCGAAUCCCCCGGUCAGGGGAAUCGAGUAUGGCGGGAAUCCGUCAGUGUGUGCCUGUGUGGUGCCAACUUCCCAGUCUCGGUCUUGUCCUGCCAUGAAGGUCUGCGCCCGUGUCGUUGCUCAUCCCGCCAAUGGCAGACCGGAACUCACCAGGAAACCCGGUUCCGGGUCCUACGCGCUCCCUUCACUCUCUCCACUUGCACCGUGAGCUCGGGUUUCGAGUCUCAGUCCACCGAGUCUCAGGCCAGUGCUCUCCAAUUCAGCAACCAGCUGCAGCGUCCGGCAGCGAGAGUCCAUGAGUCACGACCGCACCUUGGAAAGGGUUCUCUCCAGGCGGCGUCUCGACAACACUACUACUACUACUACUACUACUACUACUACUACUACUACUACUACUACUACUACUACUACUACACUGCUACUACUACAGUACUACUACUACAGUACUACUACUACAGUACUACUACUACAGUAAUACAGUUCGUAGUUCGUACGACUCGACUCGGCCGGUUCUGCCACGCCUCAUGGGCCUCCGAACCCAACGGGUUCUAG